AUGGUGGCGAUUUUCUUCAUGAAAACCGGUUUAAUCAAGUCCAUACCAUUAGAACGUGGUGGAACGGUAACAAAGAGAUGGUAUGUCGAUAGCUGUCUACCACAAGUCUUCGAAACAGUAUCGGAAUGGCGACAAAAGAUUGGUCUUCGUGGUCUCAUUUUGCAUGAUGAUAACGCGAGGCCGCAUAGAGCCGGAAUUGUUAACGAAUUUCUGGCCGAAAAUCGUGUUGAACCAUAUCGAAAUCCACCGUAUUCUCCAGAUCUAACGAGGGAAGGACACCAACUGAUAAAUCGCUUUUGA